CCAAUGGGAACAGCCCGCCUCAGUUCACAGCGCCAUCUAUACUUGUGAUUAAGGAGGAUCGUCCGAUAGGGUCUGUUGUUGGGACAGUCAGGGCUACCGACUCAGACGGAGACAGGCUUACUUUCAGUGUUUCAGCCAGUGGAUCUGCCUUCAAUCUCGUCCAGGUCUAUAACACCCGCGGCAACGCUGUGUCAAAUAUUACGCUAAAGUCGCAAGUUAAUUAUGAGACAGUCUCACAGUUUGAUGUUGGGUUCACUGUAUCUGAUGGCGUUAAUACGCUAACCAGAACUGUCACUGUAUAUAUCGUCAACGUAAACGACAACGCACCUCUCUUCAACAAGGCUCGUUACAUUGCAGAUGUUCUGGAAAGCACUCCAGUGGGGACCCAAAUCCUCACAGUGGAAGCUACAGACCCAGAUUAUGGCCCACCAACAUACUAUUUCUACUCAAAGGAUUCAGAUUCCAUCUCGCAGAACGUCGGUAACUUUAGGAUUGAUCAAACAACAGGGAAUAUCACACUUAUAACUCCGUUGGAUUUUGAAAAGGAUGCACAACACAGUUUGAUGGUUAUGGCAAGGGACCAAUACGGUUGGAACAGCACAGCAACGGUCUUUGUAAGAGUAGGGGACGUGCCAGAGGAACCGCUCACUACAUCACCUCAAG